GAGCCUUAAGUCCAGUGGGCAAGAAGUAAGAUCUUAACCAGCCCUGUGGAGAUACCUGAUUCUGAACGAGUGGAAUUAGCAGCGAGGUUCAUUCAUGAGGAUUAAGUCUGAAGAAGAUUUUGCAGCAACUUACAUUGGUAAACAACUCUGAAUGUGUCUGAUGCAGGAAGAAGUGCCCAGACAAGAGGUUUUUUUGUUACAUGACUUCACAAAAAAUAGUACGAUGUCGGGUUGCUCACCAUUUAAGAUGCGACUAGUUCAUCUGGACCUGAAAGGAGCCCCACCGAGGGUCUGCUAUCUCUCGGAGAUUUUCCCCCUGUUCCGUGCCCUGGGUGCAAACGGCCUCCUCAUCGAGUAUGAAGACAUGUUUCCCUACGAGGGCCACCUGAGGCUGCUGAGGGCCAAGCACGCAUACAGCCCCUCUGAAAUCAAAGAGAUCCUGCAUCUGGCCACACUGAAUGAGCUGGAGGUCAUUCCCUUGGUGCAGACAUUUGGGCAUAUGGAGUUUGUGCUGAAGCACGAGGCUCUCGCUCACCUCCGGGAAGUGGCAAUUUUCCCCAACACCCUGAAUCCCCACAAGGCGGAGUCCCUGGCACUGGUUGGAGCCAUGAUUGACCAGGUGAUGGCGCUGCACCCGGGCGCCCGGUGGCUCCACAUCGGCUGUGACGAGGUCUACUACCUCGGAGAGGGUGAGGACUCAAGACAUUGGCUGCAGCAGGAGCCCAACACCAGAGCAGAGCUGUGUCUAUCCUACAUGGAGGCAGUGGCCAGCCACGUGCAGGCCCGGCACCCCACCACGACGCCCCUGGUGUGGGACGACAUGCUGCGGGACAUCCCCGAGGACCAGCUCUCAGCAUCGAGGGUGCCGCAGCUGGUGGAGCCUGUGCUCUGGGACUACGGGGCCGACCUGGACGUCCACAGCAAGGUGCUCCUCAUGGAGAAGUACCGGAAGAGCGGCUUCUCCUGGCUCUGGGCCGCCAGUGCCUUCAAGGGAGCCACGGGGGCAAGCCAGGCCCUGACCCCCGUCGAGCACCACCUCAGAAACCACAUGCAGUGGCUGCAGGUGGCGGGCAGCGUGCCAGUGGACACGCUGCAGGGCAUCAUCCUGACUGGCUGGCAGAGGUAUGACCACUUCUCUGUGCUGUGCGAGCUGCUGCCCGUGGGAAUCCCGUCCCUGGCUGUCUGUCUGCAGGUGCUUCUACAUGGAGGCUUUGCCGAAAACGUUAAAGCAAGAGUGGAGAACUUUCUUGGGACUUCGAGCUUGGAAGCAACGGAUUUUAGGAGUGAGAGGGCCGGCUCCUUCCCUGGCAGUGACAUCUUGAACCUCAUCACACAAGUCAGCCUCCAUCUGUGCAGCUCCGUGGAUGCGCUGCUGGAGAGGGACAGGUAUGUGACCGGAUGGUUCAGCCCCUACCAUCGCAGGCGGAAGUUCAUCCACCCCGUCAUGAUCCAGCACAUCCAGCCCCAGGCGCUCAGUCUCCUGGCCAGGUGGAGCGUUCUCGUGGGGGAGCUGGAGGCUGCCCUGCAGCGUGUCUUCUACCCAGACGCAGUGGAGGAGUGGCUGGAGGAGAACGUGCACCCCAGCCUGCGGCGGCUGCAGGCUCUGCUGCAAGAUCUGGGUGAGGCAGCCAGCCCCAGGCCCGACUCGGGUCAGGACCCCUGAGGGGAGGGGGCCAAGCUCAGGCUGUCGGCCUCCCUGCACCCUCAUCCAGCUGCACCCGGCCCCACGUGCACCUCCUGAGCCCUGGGCAGCCGUGCCAGCAGACAGCGCCCACAGAAACAAGAGUAAACAUGGAAGGAAAAGACACUCUGGGCCUAUGCAGUGAUCAACAUUAGAACUUUAAUUGUUUCAAAAUAAAAAGGAGAGUGGAAGCCAGAAAUCUGAAAGACUGUUACUGGCCCUCACGAUGGUCUGGAGACCCUCCUCGCCCAACCCAGCCCUGGGAGAGGGGAGCUGGCCAAACACCCUCCCUCCUCCAGCCCAGGGGCAAACACACAAGAAACCAACCAUAGCUGUUUCACACCUUUUAAGAAAAAAGUAUUUUAGGUUUAACCAUUUAGAAACCUAACUUUGGCAUGUUCAAAUGACUGUGUGCCCAAACUAAGGGCUGGCUGGUGGCCACCACUGGUAAGGGAGAGGAUCUCAUUUCUCUGGAGUUCCCUGGAAGUUGCUGUCUCUCACCCAGGCAGCCUCAGAACCCUUGGUCCAUGCACCCGUUCCCAGGUGCACAGCCUCAUGGGUCCCUCACUCAGAGGUGCUC